GGCGGUAGCGACGGCAGGCCGUAGGGCGGUCGGAGGGUUUCCGGUUCCGGUGUAACGUUCGGGCUCCGUCUCAGGGGCUGAAGUUUGUGAGGUGCAGUACUGAAUCCCAUUUGAGCUACCCCCUUUUUCCUGAAGAAUGGCACUUUCUAAGAGGGAGCUGGAUGAGCUGAAACCAUGGAUAGAGAAGACAGUGAAGAGGGUGCUGGGCUUCUCAGAGCCCACAGUGGUCACAGCAGCACUGAACUGUGUGGGGAAGGGCAUGGACAAGAAGAAGGCAGCUGACCAUCUGAAACCUUUUCUUGAUGAUUCUACUCUCCGAUUUGUGGACAAACUAUUUGAGGCUGUGGAGGAAGGCCGAAGCUCUAGACAUUCCAAGUCUAGCAGUGACAGGAGCAGAAAAAGAGAGCUGAAGGAAGUGUUUGGUGAUGACUCUGAGAUCUCCAAGGAAUCAUCAGGAGUAAAGAAGCGACGGAUACCCCGUUUUGAGGAGGUGGAAGAAGAGCCUGAAGUGAUCCCUGGACCUCCCUCAGAAAGUCCUGGUAUGCUAACUAAGCUCCAGAUCAAACAGAUGAUGGAGGCAGCUACACGGCAAAUCGAGGAGAGGAAAAAGCAGCUGAGCUUCAUUAGCCCCCCUACUCCUCAGCCAAAGACUCCUUCUUCCUCCCAACCAGAGCGACUUCCAAUUGGCAACACUAUUCAGCCCUCCCAGGCUGCCACUUUCAUGAAUGAUGCCAUUGAGAAGGCAAGGAAAGCAGCUGAAUUACAAGCCCGCAUCCAAGCCCAGCUGGCACUGAAGCCAGGGCUCAUUGGCAAUGCCAACAUGGUGGGCCUGGCCAAUCUCCAUGCCAUGGGCAUUGCUCCCCCGAAGGUGGAGUUAAAAGAUCAAACUAAACCUACACCACUGAUUCUCGAUGAGCAAGGCCGGACUGUGGAUGCAACUGGCAAGGAGAUCGAGCUGACGCACCGCAUGCCUACUCUGAAGGCCAAUAUUCGUGCUGUGAAGAGGGAACAAUUCAAACAACAGCUAAAAGAAAAGCCAUCUGAAGACAUGGAGUCUAAUACCUUUUUUGACCCCCGAGUCUCAAUUGCCCCUUCCCAGCGCCAGAGACGCACUUUUAAAUUCCACGACAAGGGCAAAUUUGAGAAGAUUGCCCAGCGGUUACGGACAAAGGCUCAACUGGAGAAGCUGCAGGCAGAGAUCUCACAGGCAGCUCGAAAAACUGGCAUCCAUACUUCAACUAGGCUGGCCCUCAUUGCUCCCAAAAAAGAGCUAAAGGAAGGAGAUAUCCCUGAAAUUGAGUGGUGGGACUCUUACAUCAUCCCCAAUGGCUUUGACCUUACAGAGGAAAAUCCCAAGAGAGAAGAUUAUUUUGGAAUCACAAAUCUUGUUGAACACCCAGCCCAACUCAAUCCUCCAGUUGAUAAUGACACACCAGUUACUCUGGGGGUAUAUCUUACUAAGAAGGAACAGAAGAAACUUCGAAGGCAAACAAGGAGGGAAGCACAGAAGGAACUACAAGAGAAAGUCAGGCUGGGCCUGAUGCCUCCUCCAGAACCCAAAGUGAGAAUUUCAAAUUUGAUGCGAGUAUUAGGAACAGAAGCUGUUCAAGACCCCACGAAGGUAGAAGCCCAUGUCAGAGCUCAGAUGGCAAAAAGACAGAAAGCGCAUGAAGAGGCCAACGCUGCCCGAAAACUUACAGCAGAACAGAGAAAGGUCAAGAAAAUUAAAAAGCUUAAAGAAGACAUUUCACAGGGGGUACACAUAUCUGUAUAUAGAGUUCGAAAUUUGAGCAACCCAGCCAAGAAGUUCAAGAUUGAGGCCAAUGCUGGGCAGCUGUACCUGACAGGGGUGGUGGUACUGCACAAGGAUGUCAACGUGGUAGUAGUGGAAGGGGGCCCCAAGGCCCAGAAGAAAUUUAAGCGUCUCAUGCUGCAUCGGAUAAAGUGGGAUGAGCAGACGGCGAGCACAAAGGGAGAUGAUGAUGAGGAAUCUGAUGAAGAAGCUGUGAAGAAAACCAACAAAUGUGUACUAGUCUGGGAGGGUACAGCCAAAGACCGGAGCUUUGGAGAGAUGAAGUUCAAACAGUGCCCUACAGAGAACAUGGCUCGAGAGCACUUCAAAAAGCAUGGGGCUGAACACUACUGGGACCUUGCACUGAGCGAAUCUGUGUUGGAGUCCACCGACUGAAACUACUGCGAGCCCUUGCCUCUCCCCUCCUGCCUUUGUCUCUUCAGUCCUCUUAUUCCACUUCCCAACCCAGUCCUAUUUGUGUGUGUGAUCUCAGAACUGUGCCAAGCUGACAUUGGGUCAAAGGGAAAACCCCUUAGUCCCUUCCCCAGUCAGCCUGGUGCUGCCCUUUAUUCCCCUUAUGUGCAUAUGAUUAAAGAGUUAUUUUUAAA